AAAAAAAAAAGGAAGCGAACAACGAAAACAGAGUCGCAUGGCGCUUAUAUUUCGCAGCGCGACAGAGUUCGCCAGCGCAGCCGCCCACUUUCGGUCUUCUUCACAGAAUUCGCUCACUGGGCUUCACUUUCACGCCCACCGCCGUAUGGUUCAUGUUCUCCAAAGAGGAUUUUUGGUCUCUUUCAUGUCAGAGUCAGAGAAGACCACCUUGUAGAUGUAUUUAAUGCUUUCUCAGUGUUGCUCUGCUUUCAACUACCUCCACCAAUUAUCUUCUAUCCUCCUUAAUUCGCCUUCUUGUGCUUCUUCUUUUUAUUGGAACAGCAACGCUAGUGCUUUCUUUACUUUACUUUACCAUUCUGUCUCCAUACCCAUUUACCCCCUUCUUGUUCUUUUUUUCUUUUUUUUUUUUUGUGUUUUCUUCUCUGUUUUUCUGGAUUUUUUCCUGCCAAUACAUUGUUUGUAAUCUUCGGCUUAAGUUUUUGUAUCUUGUCUCUUCGAAUUCUAUUGCAGCUUUUUCAUCCUUGAGCAUUUUUUACAUCCGGGGGAAUCGUGCCCUGUUUUGAAGAUUCUCUUCUUUACUCUCGUUUUCUCUUUUUUUUGUUUUCUUUUCCCCCUUUUUCCCUUCUCCCCUUUUGGUCGGGGCUCUCUGUUUGAGGGUAUAAUCUCAUUCUUUUGUAUUUUUCUUCUCGAGUGGGGAAUGAUUCCCGACUGGGGGAAUUUCUCGACAGUUCGCUUUUGCUAAUUUCGGUCAAAAGUUAUCCAGGUGUAUACCAUGGGGCUUGGACUAAGAAUUCUUGCUUUAGUUCUUCGUUUUCGAUCGUCUUGUUGAUUAAUCAGAGAGUUUCAGAGGCUUCUCAAAUGGGUUCUCUGCAACUUUUCCUUCUUGUCAGUCUUUCAUGGAUUUUGUCCCUUCCCAGUACCCAUCAGCUACAGACUUCUCAGACCCAGAUCCUGGUGCAGAUUAGGAAGUAUUUGGAGUACCCUUCUUCGUUGGAAGUUAUGAACACUUUCGAUGGCGACCUGUGUAACGUUUCUCCAUCUCCAGAUAUGACCAUUUCGUGCCAGGACAAUGCAGUGACCGAGCUCAGAAUUAUGGGGGAUAAGCUUGUCAAAUUUAGAGGGUUUAAUGGGGUUGCAAUACCGAAUCAAACUCUUUCUGAGAGGUUUUCCAUUGAUUCUUUCGUUACCACAUUGUCAAGGUUAAGUAGCUUACGGGUUCUUAGCUUAAUUUCUUUGGGGAUUUGGGGGCCACUUCCUGAUAAGAUUCAUCGCCUCUCCUCUCUUGAGUUCUUGGAUUUGAGCUCGAAUUUCAUAUUUGGUCGAGUCCCACCUAAGAUUUCUACCAUGGUUCAACUCUAUUCAUUGGUUCUUGAUGGUAAUUACUUCAACGAUACAGUCCCUGAUUGGCUGGACUCCCUUACGAACCUUACCUUUUUGAGCAUGAAAAGCAAUCGACUGAAGGGUCAAUUUCCUUCUUCACUGUGCAAAAUUAGAACUCUAGCUGAUAUUUCUUUGUCUCACAAUGAAAUUUCUGGGGAGUUGCCAGACUUAAGUGCUUUGACCAAUUUGCAUGUAUUGGAUAUGAGAGAAAAUCAGUUAAACUCUCUGCUUCCAGCCAUGCCUAAAGGAUUGGUUACAGUUCUGCUUAGCAAGAAUGCUUUAUCUGGUGAAAUUCCUAAGCACUUUGGUCAGAUGGCCCAGCUUCAACAUCUUGAUUUAUCAUUCAAUCAACUGACUGGGCCACCACCUCCUUUCUUGUUCAAUCUGCCGAACAUUACAUAUUUGAAUUUAGCUUCGAAUAGGAUGAGUGGAUCUCUUCAAAAUCAUCUGAGUUGCAGUACAAAACUUGGGUAUGUUGAUAUUUCUAACAACAAGUUAACUGGUGCUCUUCCCACUUGCUUGGGCAGUUCUUCAGACAAGAGAAUGGUUAAGUUUGGUGGGAAUUGUUUUGCUUCUGAUUUGCAACACCAGCAUGGAGCAUCAUUUUGUGCAGAAUCCCUUGCAAGGACAGGAAAUUCCAGAAGAAAAGAAAAUCUGUUGAUUGUUGCUUUCAUCAGUGGAGCAAUUAUUGUCAUUGUGCUUCUAGCCCUAGGAGUUAUCUUCUUGUGCCGAAGGCUCCGCAAAAGAACGGAACAAGAGCCGCCAGUGCUGCCAAAAGUUGUGCAAGAAAAUUCACCUGCUGCUGUUUCAUCUGAGCUAUUAGCAAGUGCCAGGUUAAUUUCUCAAGCUAUGAAGCUAGGUGCUCAGACUGUUCCUGUAUGCAGAUCAUUUUAUUACCAAGAGCUGAAGGAAGCUACAAAAGCCUUUGAUAAAUCAAUGCUCUUGGGAGAAGGUUCUUUAGGAAAGGUUUAUCGAGGAAAAUUGGAGAAUGGUACCCUUGUUGCCAUAAGGUCUUUAGCUUUAUCAAAGAAAUAUUCAAUACAGAACCUUAAAGUUCGACUGGAUGUUCUUUCGAAGCUUCACCACCCCCAUUUAGUUGGCCUCUUGGGUCACUGUAUUGAGGGAGAUGGACAUGAUAACUCAAGUGUCAACCAAGUUCUUCUCAUAUACGAAUACGUGCCUAAUGGGAAUUACUGUACCCUUUUGUCAGAAACUUAUCCAGAGAAAGUCCUGAAGUGGUCAGAUAGGUUGACAAUUUUAAUUGGAGUUGCCAAGGCCAUCCACUUUCUACACACGGGGGUUAUUCCUGGUUCGUUCAACAAUCGACUGAAAACUAACAAUAUAUUGCUUGAUGAACACCGAAUUCCAAAGCUUAGCGACUAUGGCAUGUCGAUGAUCACUGAAGAAAUUGAAAAACAUGAGACAAAGGGAGAAGCCACAAAAUCAAGCAACAGGAAAGACUUAGUGGAGGAUGAUGUUUACAAUUUUGGAUAUAUUUUGCUUGAAUCACUUGUUGGGCCUAUUGUAACUGGAAGAGAAGAAACAUUUCUUCUAAAUGACAUGGCAUCCUUCGGCAGCACGGAUGGCCGGAGAAGAAUUGUUGAUCCGGUCGUGUUAACCACCUGCUCCCAAGAGUCAUUAUCAAGAGUCAUAUCUAUCACAAAGAAAUGCAUAGCUACUGACAUAUCGUCUCGCCCCUCAUUUGAGGAUGUGCUGUGGAACUUACAGUAUGCUGCUCAAGUCCAGGCUUCUGCUGAUGCUGAGCAAAGGUCUGAUUCUACGUCUUAGUUGUAAAUAUUACAAGCUGUCGACGAAUCCUCCCGAGCAUCUUCCUACAGCGGUAGUGAGGCGAAAAUGAGUUUAACGAAGAGGCUCGCAGACAACCUUACGCCAUCAGAAGAGGAGUCGUGCACACGCAGAAGAAUGCCGGUAGGUGAUAUUUUUGAGCUGCCAUUUAUUUCAUUCCAUGUUCACAACUGAUGUAAAUUGUAAAUGUCUAGAGCUAAAACUAUGGCAUAUCAGAGUUUGUUUGGACAGUAGACCCUUUGUAGAAGAGGAAUAGUAGAGUCUUUACAGUGAUGAUUGAGAUAAGUGAAGUUUAGUUGAAUUCUAUGAAAAAUGUUUGCUAUGAAGAAUGAAAAUAGUAGUCUUUAUCA